UUGGUCCAUUGUCUUAUCUUGGUACCCUAAAAACGUGUGAGAUGAUAGCGUGGAUUGCAUAUAAAAGACAAAGAUCUACAAGAUACUUUAAUGAAGAUCUGCACUUGAAGAUGUCGCGGCUACUAGUACUACUUUGCGCCCUGUUAUUGACGACAGCAGUUUUGUGCGAAGACCCUCCAGGUGCAAAAGGGCCGUCAGAUCAUGUUCAAGCAACCAAAAUGCCGGAACAGCCCAAAACGUCUGAUCAGCAGAAAGUCCACGAUCAAACGAAAAUGCAUGAGCCGAAAGUACAUGAUCAAAAUAAAAUGCACGAGCAACCCAGAAUGCCAGAUCAGCCAAAAAUGCCAGAGCAGCCAAAAGUGCAUGAGCAACCAAAAAUGCCGGAUAUGAAAAUGCCAGGUUACAACUAGACUGCAAUGGGUUUAUUCAGAAAAUAUUUUUUAGAGUAUAUACAACACUAAUUCAUACGUUCAUGGUGAGUUUAUCAGUGUGGAUGUUAUGAGUGGUUCUGUAAAAAGUAUUUUCUGAAACAUUAGUUAUUUUAUUUAAACGAACAUGACGACCAUUACGCGGACCAGUUAUUAUCAAAUAAACGUGAAACAUAUGCAGCUGCAAUUAAA